AUGAUUAGAAAGCAAGCUCGCCAAAGGCGGGACUACCUCUACCGAAGAGCCCUCCUGCUCAAAGAGGCCGAGGUUGCAGAGAAGCGCGCCAAGCUGAGGUCUGCCCUGGCCUCGGGAAAGCCGCUUGACCCCGAGAUCGCAAAGGACAAGGAACUGCGAAAGGACUACGACUACGAUGUUUCGAAGGAUGUGAACGGCGACGCCAUCGAUAUCGACGACGAAUACUCAGAGUUGUCGGGUGUCAUUGACCCCCGAAUCUUGGUUACGACAAGUCGCGAUCCCUCCAGCAGACUCGGCCAGUUCAGCAAGGAAAUCCGUCUCCUACUACCCACCAGUGUUCGACUCAACCGUGGUAACCUCGUUUUGGAAGACCUUGUUGGUGCCGCCAAGGCGCAAAACUUGACGGAUGUUGUUUUGCUACACGAGCAUCGUGGUGUCCCUACCGCCAUGACCAUCUCCCAUUUCCCCCAUGGCCCGACGCUCAUGGUCUCCCUUCACAACGUCGUUCUCCGCGCCGAUAUUCCCAAGUCGAUAAAGGGCACAGUCAGCGAAAGCUACCCCAGGCUCAUCUUCGAGGGCUUUAGCACCAAGCUCGGUGAGCGGGUGGUCAAGAUCCUCAAGCACCUCUUCCCUCCCCGCGAGCCGACACAGAAACCCAAUGUCGGCAACAGAGUCAUUACAUUUGUCAACAACGACGAUACGAUUGAGGUUAGGCACCACGUCUAUGUCCGUACCUCGUACGACUCGGUCGAGCUCAGUGAGGUUGGACCCCGGUUUACGAUGAAGCCCUUCAAGAUCACCAUGGGCACCCUCGACAACAAGGAUGCGGAUACCGAAUGGCACCUCAGCCAGUACACCAGGACCAGCAGGAAAAAGAACUACUUUUAA